AACUCCGAGGUUUCUACUAGCCAACCCACUGCCCCUAAAGACGCUCGAUGGGCAUUCAGUUGAUUCCUCGUUGCGAAUUCCUUGUCCUGCAGACUUUAACCCGUGAAAGUUUGGAGCCAAACCAGAAGAAGAGGGAGGCCAAUGAUUGAGGCAACUCAGUCUCAAAUCUCGAACUGGGUAACCAUUCUUCAUACUUAUCUCCUAAAUCAAUUAGUUUUUGUCUCAACCAAAUAAAAUGCUACAUUUCAUUUGCUCAAAAUUGCCCCAAAAACUGAGGCACAGACCUUCGAAACCUAGCCACGCAAACUUUUUCUCAACCUCCUCCCUCAAACCCACUUCAGAGCUUCCUAAUCCCAAGGAUCCACAAUCUCUGAUAGUCUCCUUCCUCCAAAAUUCAUGUGGGCUUUCGUUCGAAUCGGCCAUUCUGUAUUCCAAGAAGCUCAACAUUGAGAACGUAAAGAAUACCAACUCCGUUCUAGACCUGUUGAGAAAUCACGGUUUGACGCAGACCCACAUCAGGAACUUAAUUAGAAUUCGUCCACCAUUGCUUUCGGCUGAUUUAGAGAAUACCCUUAUGCCCAACAUGAAAGUGUUUGAAUCCUUGGGGUUUUCUGGUUCAGGUUUGGCCAGCAUGCUUAGCAAAUACCCAGCUGUGCUAGAAAGUGAUGCACACGCUGCUGUUGAGUUUUUUAGGGCACAUGGUUUUAGUGAUGAGCAAAUAACAACUUUGACGAUGAAGCGUCCCUCAUUGUAUAUGUAUAAUGCUGACAAGAUUUUUAAGCCAAAGUUGGUGUUUUUCAAAUCGUUAGGCUUGUCAGAUCUUGAAAUUGCACAGCUUUUAUCCUCUGAGCCUUAUAUUCUAUCAAGGAGCCUCGAAAAACAAAUCAUUCCGUGUGUUCAAGAGCUUAAGCGGGUUUUUGGCACUGAUGUGAAUUUCUUAAAGGUUAUAAAGGCAUGCUACCUAAUACUCGAAUCAAACAUGGUUCAUAUGCUACAGCCCAACAUCGACACGUUGAAAAGCCAUGGUGUUCCCCAGUCUCUAGUUUUGAAACUCUUCUUUAUACGACCAAUGUCACUGCUUAUCUGUAGCAAUCGGUUUAGUGAGAUUGUUAGUGAAGUUAUGAAAUUGGGUUUUGAUCCCAAUUAUCUGUCGUUUGUUUUAGCCAUCAGGUCCAUGGCACUAAAUAGUACAACACUGUGGGAGCAGAAGGUGAAAGCUUUUAGAAGUUUUGGUUUGUCAGAGGAUGAAAUUUGUUCAGCAUUCAAGCGGCAACCCUUGUGUAUGACUCAUUCGGAGAAGAAGAUCAAGAAAAUGAUGGGUUUCUUUGUGAACAAACUGAAGAUGAAGCCUUCUAUGAUCUCCAAGAGUCCAAAUCUUCUACAGUAUAGCUUGGAGAAGCGGAUUAUUCCAAGGUGUUCAGUUCUGCAAGUUUUGAUGUUGAAGGGGUUGAUCAAGGACAAUAUUGGCAUCCUUUAUAUGGUCGCAAUGGCCGAGAAGGAAUUCAUGGUGAAAUUUGUGAGCAAGUAUCAAAAUGAGGUUCCUGAUGUUGUGAGAGCGCACCAAGGGAAGAUUGAAUUUCAAGGGCUCCCGAUAGCCAUGAAGAUGUGAGUACUUUUGACAUAUCAAAUGCGGCAUUGGUAAAUUACUUUUUGGAGGUGUCUCAUGAGAAACUUUGUAUGGUAAUUGUCCUUGAUUUAGAUUCCUUUUUUAUUUGCCCCUCAAUUAUCAUUUUACUCUUUGGAUUUGCUCUUAUUAUCAAAAUGAUUCAUUUGUCC